AUGCCGGUCGACGGAUUUCACGGAGGGGUGAUUGGAGCAGCGCCGGGGGAAUGGGACCCUAUGAUGGAGGGGGGCGAGGCGGCGAAAGGCUGGAGGGGAAGGGCAAGGGAACCAGGAGGACGGGCGUGCGACGUUGGCGACGAGGAUGAGGAGGAUGGCGACGUCGUCACGUGCAGGCCUGUCGCCGUUAGGGUAACUUGCUUCGCAACCCCCGUAUUUCGCAGAAAGGUUUCGAGAAGUGCAGGUGGGAAACUGCCGACGAGAGGCGCGGCGGGAGGGCGGAAGGAUGCUGCGCGGGUGUCGAGGGGUGCAGCGCUGGGGCGAAUGGCGCGGAGGAGCACGGCAGAGGGAGCAACACUUCGAGCGGGCAGAGAAGGUUCAGAGACUGGGGAAGGCAGCCCGGGUGUGGCGCCUUCCGGCCUGUUGCCGCCCGUGCUGGUGCACAAGGGAAUGGUGCUGUGCGAUGGGGCGCGGUCGAAGUGCGAGACAGAGGGGCAGGAGGAGGGCAGGGAUGAAGAACCACCGGACGGGAAGGGGGUAAGGAGACAGACGCACGAAGUGGCUGCACAAUCGGAGCGGGCUGAGCAAGGAGAGCGGGCAGAAAGGGCAGAGCGGGCAGAAAGGAAAGAGCGGGCAGAGCGGGCAGAGCGGGCAGAGAGGGCAGAAAGGAAAGAGCCGGCAGAGCCGACAGAUGAUGUGGAGCGAGGGAGGGAGGGAAUGGCAGCGGAGGUGAAAGAGAGCAGAGCGGCAGCAGAUGUGGCGCAGGGAGACGAUGAAAAGCGAGUGGGUGCUGUGAGCGCGCCGAGCCCUGCUGUGAGCGCGCCGAGAACUGGUGUGAGCGCGCCGAGCCCUGCUGUGAGCGCGCCGAGCCCUGCUGCUGUGAGUGUUUUAGAUGAGGGGAGGAUUCGAGAGCAGCUGCGGCUGAUUGCAGAGGCCGUGGCAAGGCGGGCCGAACAGGAGGAGGCGCCGAGUAGGGAGGGGGAGGGGCGGUUUGAAGACCAGUUGCAGUUGACUGAAGGGGUGGAGGAGAUGGGGAAUAGACAGCAGGCCGGACCGCACAGCGUGCAGCCAGACUGUGCGUAUCUUGCCAAGCCUGGUGGGAUGACGUGGCAUGCCAUGGAUGCGCUGAGCUGGCGUGAUCUCUACGUGGACUGUGACGUGGCAGACCUGUGGCAGGAGGCUCUUGGCAGCAGUCAGAUAGGAAAUGGGCUUGGCCAUGCUGCUGGUGCUGCUGCUGCUGCUGCUGCUGGUAGUGCUGCUUCUGCUGCUGUUGCUGCUGCUGAUAAUCCUGGAGCUAACUCUACUGCUGCGGCUCCCCCUGCCACUACUCGUGCUGCUGCAGGGGCAGCACCUAUUCACCCACCUUCCGCCCUGCAUAACUCACUGCGCUACGGCCUUCCUCCCAGGCCCACACGACCACCGGGAGCAGCAAAACCAGCGGGAGCACUGGGGCAGAUCCAUCCCUUAAGGCGAAUAAAUGAUCCUGACAGGCCAAUCAACCCAAUACGGCCAGCCAGGCAGCGUAAGGCAGCAAGGUCAAUGAGGCCAGGGGAAGCAAUGAGGGGAGCAGCACCACCAGUGCGGGCGUGGAGAGCAGGCAAGGCCAUGGGGUCACCUGAGGGAAUACGGCCGGCUCCCGGAUCCGCUGCCAGGCGAGCACUCACUGUCGCUGCUGUCACUGGCUGUGCUGCUGCCACAGGUAAUGCUGUUACCGGCCAUGCUUCUGCUGACAGGGGUGGUGAUGCCAGCAGGGGAAGCAGUGAGGGUGACACCACUAGUCCUGGGUCAGCAGUCAGGCGAGCACUCACUGUGGCUGCUGUCACAGGCUCUUCUUUUGACACCACCAACCAUGCCACGAGAGGAAGCAGUGAGGGCAGCACCACUGCUCCAGGUGCCAAGCAGGUGGUGGGUGCAACGACGAGGCCUUCUUAA